GGGACCCUAUCAGGGGUUGUGUUGGUAAAGCUGGUGUUUUCCAGGCAGUGCUGAGGCUGAGGGUGGGCUGUGUAAUCAUGGAGUUUAUCUCCUGCUCUUUAUGAAACAUGAUUUAUCUCCUUUAUUCGGCUCAAACAUGAACGAUAUAAUGGAGGAACAGGAGAAGGACGGGCUGCUGGCGGAGGCUCCGGGAACAGCGAACCCGAGCAGUAGCCGACCUAAACCAGCUCUGGAUGGAGGGAAUAAGCCAGUGGUGGAGAAAAGAGGACCUUAUAUUAUGUCCAAAGUUCCUGCGAUACACACCAAAUUACAAAAACACAGAGAGAUGGCCAGGAGAGCGCUAAAGAAAAAAGGCUUUCCAUCAGGAGGGCCUGUCUUACAGCAGCCCAGGCACAGCUCAAAGAAUGUGAAAUUCAAUAAAGGAUAUGCAGCUCUAAGCCAGAAUCCAGAAGACACGCUAAUAUCCCUGGACUCUGACAGUGAUGUAGAGCUGGAGUCCCAGUAUUCAUCUGGAUAUUCCUCUGCAGAGGUGCACCCUGAACUGAACCAGCAGCUGCUGAAGGACGGCUACCGUUUGGAUGAGAUCCCCGACGAUGAGGACCUGGACCUCAUUCCUCCAAAAGCCAUGGGCUCCUCCAUCUGCUGCUGCUCAGACAGCCCCUCCUGCUCCAUGCAGUGAGAAGGUUCCGCAGAACUGCUUUUAAGUCUUAACCACCACCAACACCAAUGUUCAAACCCUCUCCCACCACACUGGACCUGCCAUGCUGCCUUCCAGCAGACUGAGCUGUCGCUGAGGCACACGGAGCUCUGCAUUUUUGUAGAACAGGCCAGGCCAAUAUCUGACCAGCUUCUGUGAGGUUCUAGGGCUUCAGCCGCGACUGUUCCCUACUGUUCCCCUUUAUGCUGUUGUCAGCAGCUGCCCAUGUGGUGGACUGUUACGGUGAUCCUACACUUUGUGUAGCACUUACUCGCCUGAUUUAUGGCUUUGUAAAACUGCACGGUGCUUCUGAAGCUAUUUUAAUAAUGGCGGUUUCCUAAAACAGUGCACAGAUCAGUCACCACAGAAUUUAAUGGUAUGCCUGACGUCUCUCACUCUGCUAUUUGUAAUGUGUUUACCACCACUGUGCUAUUGGGGAAGCCAUAGCCCUUAAUAUUAGCCUUGACUAGGAGACCUUUUUUUUUUUUUUUUUUUGCUCAACUAGGAUGGCAGACACCAUAUUAAACUUCAGCUCAUAGCUAAACAUAGCUAAAGAGUUGAUGUUCAGAGCCUGUUUACACCAUGCAUUCACAUUCGUAUUUGAUGAUUGGAUCAAGUUCAGUUUUAAUUGUCAGCCUAAAAAAAAAAACAGUUGUUAUCGCACCCAAAAUGCAUUCCAAUCUGAUUUUCAUCGAAUUAUUUGAGCCACAUUCGGAUUUAGUCGAAGAUGAUUCUAAUCAAAUUUAUGGCAAUUGGAUUCCGUCAAGCAAGCAGAAGUACAUUUUUCGUACAAAAACAGUAUAUAUAAUAUAUAAAUAAUUAUUAGGGAUUUACAAAAAAAAUUUUGAAUAAAUGGAAAGUCAGAAUAAUUUAAAUCAAACAAAAUUGUGCUUUGUUGGUAAAAAUGUUUAGGGUUUUUUAGAAACAGUACCAGUCAAAGGUUACUCAUUCUGUGUUUUUCAAUAAGGGACAAUAAAAGGAUGCAUAUGGAAUUACGUAGUAAACAGUAAAAAAAAAAAAAAAGUUUGCCCCCCCCCCCCCAUUAAUCCCCUGAUCUAAACCUGAUGAACUGAGAUGGUGAUUUGAGGUGAUUUAAUUAGGAUGAGCUGAAGCUUCACAGUGUGAAGGAAAAGCAGCAACUAUUGUUCAGCACCUCCAGAAACUCUUCGAAGAUGCUGAGAAAACUAUUUCAGGUGACUCUAAUUCAUGAAGACACUGAGAUUAAAAUACUAAGAGUGCGUAGAUCUUUCCUCAGUGGCUACUUACUUAUUAGAAGAAUCUAAACUAUAAAAUAUAUUCUGGUUUGUUUAACCCUUUUUUCACUAAAUUAUUCCACAUGUGUUCCUGUAUAGCUAAACCAAUGAAAGAAAGAAAACAUAUUGAAUGAGGACAGUUCAAAUGUUUGACUAGUACUGUAUUUUAAUUUUUAGUUUUUUGUUUUUGUCUUCAGAAGACAAUAUUUUAUUGAAGUUAUGUAAUUUAUACAAAUGAUUACAACAAGGUUUAUUUUGUUUAGUUUGGUUUCAGCAAGAAAUGCUUUUUGGUGCAUCCCUAGUCAUUAUAAAUGUUGUUCAACUUGCUCUAGCAGUUAUACAGUUGCAAAAAAAAUUAUUUGAUCCCUUUGGAAUUACUUGUAUUUCUGCAUAAAUUGGUAAUUAACUAUGUUCUGAUCUUCAUCAAAUUCACAUCAAUAGACAAACACAGUCUUCUUUAACAUAAUACCACACAAAAAAAUUAUAUGUUUGCAUGUUUUUAUUGAACAUGUUAUAUUUUUUGUGUGGUAUUACUUUAAACUAUAAAUCGUAUAUUCAGAUAACGGUCAAAUACAAAAUGUGCGAUAAUGCCAAGUGUAAACAGGCUCUCAGUCUUGUACAGAGGUUGUUGGUUUUAGGCUAGUUUAGUCCACCUCACCAACAUGAAACGGGAAAUAGUCUGUGCUGCUAUUAAUCAAACCACUUCAGUAGUUUAUUCACAGAAAAGAAGUUUUGCUUGCAUUGACCACUCACUCUUUUAUAUAAAACUGUGUGUCUGUGGUCUGAUCCUGAAUUUUUUGUUUAUAUUCCUAAAUAUUACAACACAUUUUAUAUGACACCAAAUAUAUGGCAUCUCUCUAAAGCCACUUUUUUCUCAGCUUUCAGACUCGAGCUUAUAGGAGCACUUUGGAUUUUUAGAAUUACAUACUGUAGUCCUGCAUCUGUUUCUUAGUAUUCUUUAUUAUCCUCUUUUCAUUCUGUUCAAGACUCCAUAGAACCACCACAUGGCAGUUAUUAUUUGUGUGGUGGAUCAUUUUGAGCAUUUCAUUGACACAGACAUAGUGGUGGUGUGUUAGUGUGUGUUGUGCUGAUGCAAGUGGAUCAGAUACAGCAGUGCUGCUGGAGUUUUAAACACCUUAGUGUCACUGCUGGACUAAGAAUAUUACACUAGACAGAAAUAAUCAGCCAACAGCGUUUUGUGUGCAGCAUUCUGUGGACACUGUUAUUUGAAAAACAGGGUAAAAGGAGGAUAAUAAAGGAUGUAGAGAAACCGAAGGACUACAGUCUGUAAUUAUAGAACUACAAAGUGCUCCUAUAUGGACUGUGGAGCUGAUAGAAUUCUGGACAGGAAAGUUUUUUUAAAAAUUGGAUUAGACUGUUGGAGAAUUAUUUAUUUUAGCUUUUGUUUUGUUUCUGUGCUUUACAACAUGCUUUAAGGGUUGCUUUUUUUUUUUUUUUUUGUAUGUUGCACAGAAGUGUUGGUAAUUUUAAAAGCUUUUUGUACAGAAAGGGAUCUGGUUAACAACGUAAACAAACUUGCUUCCAUUACUAUUUACAGUGCAGGCAAAAAGUUUGGACACGCCUUCCCCUUUUCAGUGUGUUUUCUUUAUUUUCAUGACUAUUUACAUUGUAGACUCUCACUGAAGGCAUCAAAACUAUGAAUGAACACAUAUAUGUAUAUAUAUAUAUAUAUUCUAGUUUCUUUAAAAUAGCCACCCUUUGCUCUGAUUACUGCUUUGCACACUCUUGGCAUCAUUCUCUCAAUGAGCUUUAAGAGGUGGUCACCUGAAAUGGUUUUCCAACAGUCUUGAAGGAGUUCCCAGAGGUGUUUAGCACUUGUUGGCUCUUUGUCUUCUUCACUCUGUGCUCCAGCUCACCCCAAACCAUCUGGAUUGGGUUCAAGUCCGGUGACUGCGGAGGCCAGGUCAUUUUUUGUUAAGUAAAUAAAACUCCACAUGUGUUCAUUCAUAGUUUUGAUGCCUUCAGUGAGAAUCUACAAUGUAAAUAUUCAUGAAAAUAAAGAAAAGGCACUGAAUGAGAAGAUGUGUCUAAACUUUUGGCCUGUACUGUAGUUAUGUUAGCUCCAGUCAAAACUAAACUAAAGGAAAUCCAUUACUUCACAUACCAAAUGUAUAGAUCAUUCUUCAGUUCGGGUAAGGUGUUAAAUUUGGAAUUCUCUGCACUGUGGUCAACACACUCUUUAUUUGACUUCUGACAGAAAGAGCUGCCUGUAAACUGAAGAGCAGUAUUUUAGAUCCACUCUGAUUAGCCCAGUGUCUCUUUGGUUAUGUGUUUUAAAUUUUAACAGCUUCACAUGUUACUGAUGGUUAAGCAAAGCAAUCUUUGUUUUUCAGUUAUUUGUAUUAUUUUUAUUAUUUAAUUUGUGAUGUAUUAAUGUGUUAUAUUCAUUUGCUUUCUUCCCAGUUCCCACUUAAAGUAGAUAUAGCUCUGAAAGAAAAAUGAGUCCACUUCAGUUUCUGAAUCAGUUUCUCUGAUUUUGCUAUUUAUAGGUAUAUGUUUGAGUAAAAUGAAUAUUGUUGUUUUAUUCUAUAAACUACGGACAUAAUUUCUCCCCAAUCCCAAUUCCACAUAAAAAUAUUGUCAUUUAGAGCAUUUAUUUGCUGAAAUAGUUUUCAGACCUCAAAAAAAUGCAGAGAAAACAAGGUUAUAUUUAUACAGUUUUAAGAGUUCAGAAAUCAAUAUUUGGUGAAAUAACCCUGGUUUUUAAUCACAGUUUUUAUGCAUCUUGGCAUGUUGUCCUCCACCAGUCUUACACACUGCUUUUGGAAAACUUUAUGCCAGUCAUGGUGCAAAAAUUUAAGCAGUUGGUUUGAUGGCUUGUGAUCAUCCAUCUUCGUCUUGAUUAUAUUCCAGAGGUUUUAAUUUGGUAAAAUCAAAGAAACUCAUAAUUUGUAAGUGGUUUCUUAUUUUUUUCCCAGAGCUUUAUAUUUUAAGUUUUAGCAACUUCACAUGUUACUGAUGGUUAAGCAAAGCUAUCUUCGUUUUUUUAAAUUAUUUUAAUUAUUUAAUUUGAGAUAUAUUAAUGUUAU